AUGUUUAAAGAAUGUGCUAUUGGAGCCAAUGGUCACCAGAAACUGCUCUACUUAUGUGCUAUAUUGUUGUUCAUGGCUUGUUCUCAUUCUUCAGAGGCGUUUGAUCCACUGGAUCCAUUUGGAAACAUUACAAUCAAAUGGGAUGUCAUGUCUUGGACUCCAGAUGGAUAUGUGGCAUCGGUAACAAUGAACAAUUAUCAAAUGUAUCGGCACAUCAUGACGCCCGGCUGGACUUUAGGGUGGACUUGGGCUAAGAAAGAAGUCAUUUGGUCAAUAGUUGGCGCGCAAGCAACCGAGCAAGGAGAUUGUUCCAAGUUCAAAGGAAACGUACCACAUUGUUGCAAGAAGAGUCCUACCGUUGUGGACAUGCUCUCCGGAGUUCCUUACAACCAACAAUUUGCCAAUUGCUGCAAGGGAGGCGUGGUCGCGUCCUGGGGACAAGAUCCCUUGGCCGCUGUUUCUGCAUUUCAGAUAAGUGUUGGUCUUGCUGGAACUUCCAACAAAACAGUGAAACUUCCAAAGGACUUUGUUCUGCUCGGACCAGGGCCAGGCUAUACUUGCGGCCCUGCUAAGAUUGUGCCCUCUACGGUUUUCUUCACCCCAGAUCAUCGUCGAAAGACACAAGUUUUAAUGACUUGGACAGUGACGUGCACCUAUUCGCAGUUCCUUGCCUCGAAAUACCCAACUUGUUGUGUUUCAUUCUCAUCAUUCUACAAUCAAACCAUCACUCCUUGCCCUUCUUGCGCUUGUGGCUGUCAUAACAAAAAUGAUUGUAUCAUGAGCGACUCAAAGAAACUCAGCACGAAAGGAGUAAACACACCUAGGAAGGACAAUGCGCCAUUGCUGCAAUGCACACACCAUAUGUGCCCGAUACGCGUGCAUUGGCACGUGAAGAUCAACUACAGGGAUUAUUGGCGUGCGAAGAUCGCGAUUACAAAUUUCAACUACAGAUUGAACUAUACGCAGUGGACCCUGGUGGCACAACAUCCUAACCUCAACAACAUCACUCAAGUGUUCAGCUUCGAUUACAAGCCUCUUGUCCCUUACCAAUCCAUAAAUGAUACAGGGAUGUUUUAUGGCAUGAAAUUCUACAAUGACUUGUUGAUGGAAGCUGGACCAGUUGGAAAUGUUCAGUCUGAGAUACUGUUAAGGAAGGAUAAGACUACAUUUACCCUGAAACAAGGAUGGGCUUUCCCUAGAAAGAUUUAUUUCAAUGGAGAUGAGUGCAAGCUUCCGCCUCCUGAUUCAUAUCCCUAUCUACCCAACUCGGCCUUCGGAGUACUGCCUCCAGCUCCAUUCAUCAUUGCCAUGGUGGUUACUAAUGAACAAGCAUUCUUUCAUGAAGAUGGUGCAUAG